CGAAGGAGGAUUUUUCAAAGCAAGGCUGACAUUCCCAAAGGAUUAUCCAUUGAUGCCGCCAUCAUUAAAAUUUAUAACUGAAAUGUGGCAUCCAAAUGUUUAUCCAAAUGGCGAUGUCUGUAUCUCGAUUUUGCACCCUCCAGGUGAAGAUAAAUAUGGUUACGAAGAUGCAGGUGAACGGUGGAUGCCUGUUCAUACAGUUGAAACUAUUAUGUUGAGUGUAAUUUCGAUGCUGUCGACCCCCAACGACGAGUCUCCUGCCAAUGUUGAAGCAGCCAAAGAAUGGCGGGAAAAUUAUCCUGCUUUCAAAAAACGCGUACAACGUUUGGUUCGACGAUCUGCCGAAAUGUUAUAG